AUGCGGCUUUCUUCUUCUCUUCAAGAUUUGCCAACUUUCUCCAGAAUUGAAACUUUAGAAAGGGGCUCUAGCAUUGGUGGUGAUCUGAGCUCAGGGCGUGCGAAGCCUGUCCGCACACUUCAAAGAGAAGGUCCUGUAGCAAGCUUUUCCAAAGAGAGAACGCCCCCAUCGUCACCAACAAAUCAAAAGAAAUGGAUGAGAACAGUUGGUUGGGCUGUUGGUCUGAUCCUAUUGCUGUGCUUCAUAUACGCUUCUUUGAGAUAUUUCCAUGUCUUUCUCUCAGAAGGUAGCUCUGAAUACUAUGUGAUUCUUGAUUGUGGCAGCACUGGUACAAGAGUGUAUGUUUACGAGUGGUCCAUCAAUCAUAAUGAUGGAAAUUCAUUUCCUAUUGCUUUGAAACCUUUAGGAAAUGCUCCUAAGAAAAAAUCUGGUAAAUUAGUUGGGCGUGCCUAUCAACGAAUGGAAACUGAACCUGGGUUGAGCAAGCUUGUUCACAAUGAAGCUGGUAUGAAGAAGGCAAUAGAGCCCCUCCUUCAAAUGGCUGAGCGGCAGAUCCCAAGACGCGCACACAAGCACACUCCUGUUUUUCUAUAUGCCACAGCUGGUGUCCGCAAGCUACCCACUGCAGAUUCAGAGUGGCUUAUGGAUAAGGCUUGGGAUGUUCUGAAGAAUUCAUCAUUUUCUUGUAGUAGAGACAGAGUUAAGAUCAUCACUGGCAUGGAAGAAGCUUAUUAUGGAUGGGUAGCUCUUAACCACCACCUGAACAUGCUUGGCACCUCAUCUUCUGCUUCUGAAAUGACUUAUGGUUCACUUGAUUUAGGCGGAUCAUCAUUACAGGUGACAUUUGAGACUGACAAAGUCGUCCAAGGUGACACAGGCGUUGGUCUGACUAUUGGUUCUGUCAAUCAUCAACUUAGUGCUUAUUCUCUUUCUGGUUAUGGAUUAAAUGAUGCAUUUGACAAAUCUGUGGCACAUCUGGUGAAGAUGCUGGGAGGAACAGCUGGUAAUGGCAAAGUUCAGGUCAAACAUCCUUGUCUACAAACUGGAUACAGGGAAGAUUAUGUUUGUUCUUACUGCCAGCCACUCAAACAAGAUGGAAGUCCCAGUGUUUCAGCGAAGACAACAGGAAAAGAGAAGCAGGGGACAGCUGUUGAACUGAUUGGGGCACCUCAGUGGAAAGAAUGUAGUGAUCUUGCAAAAGUAACAGUGAAUCUUUCAGAGUGGUCCAAUUCAAGUUCUGGACUUGAUUGCAACCAGCAACCUUGUGCCCUUGCCAGUACCUUUCCGCAACCACAUGGGCAGUUUUAUGCAAUGUCUGGUUUCUAUGUGGUCUUCAAAUUUUUCAAUUUGACUCCUGAUGCUACUCUUGUAGACGUUCUAAAAAGAGGUCAGGACUUUUGUGAAAAACCAUGGGAUGUUGCAAGGAGUAGUGUUCCACCGCAGCCUUUCAUAGAGCAGUAUUGCUUCAGGGCUCCUUAUAUUACAUCACUUCUGAGAGAGGGACUGCAGAUCAAAGAUAACCAAGUGAUAAUUGGUUCAGGCAGUAUCACUUGGACUCUUGGUGUUGCUUUGCUAGAGGCUGGGCAGGCACUGUCAAGGAUGGAUAUUCAAGGAUACAUUUUACUGCACCGGGAGAUAAACCCAAAUAUUCUUAUUGUAUUGUUUCUGAUUUCAAUCGUGUUGGUCAUAUGUGCAAUAUUGUGCGUUAGCAAUUCCAUCCCAAGGUCAUUCCGCAAAUCCUAUUUGCCGCUUUUUAGGCCGAACAGCGGAGGCAGUUCUGCGCUUGGUAUGGGAUCGCCUUUCAGAUUUCAUUUAUGGAGACAUAUUAAUUCAGGUGAUGGGAGAACAAAGACACCAUUGAGCCCUACUGUCGCUGGGUCAGAGCCCCAUCCAUUCAGCAUGACUCAUGGAUUAGGAGGCAGCAGCGUCCAGCUUAUGGAAUCUUCCAGGCAAUCGUUGGGUGUAUAUCAUAGCUAUUCAGUUGGGAGCUUGGGUCAGAUGCAGUUUUCUAGUGGAUUGCGGAACCCUACCAGAGGUCAGACAACACUUCAGAGCCGGAGAUCCCAAUCGAGAGAAGAUCUCACGUCUUCAUUAGCUGAUCUUCAUAUUCCAAAGGUGUAG